AUGGCUAAAUCCAUGCAAGCAGUGGAAGAGGAGCUGAUUUGCUCCAUCUGUGUGGAUAUUUUUCGGGAGCCGGUUUCUCUACCGUGCCACCAUAGUUUCUGUCGAGAAUGCCUGAGACUGUUUGCAGAUAAGAACAACCCCUCUGUUAUUGAAUCCAGUGGCCGACAGAUCAACUGCCCUGUGUGUCGCUCACCCACUGUUUUGACGGACGAGGAUGUAAAUGCUCUCCCAGUCAACACCGAAUUGUGUGGAAAGGUGGAGGACUUCGGACAACAAGACAAACUAACAGAAGACACCCCAAUGUGCUCAAUGUGUGAGGAGACCAGCAUGUCACCGGCCGCCAUGUUCUGUUCUAAUUGCGACGGGUUUUUCUGUCAGCAAUGUCUUACAACAAUGCAUCCUAUGAAGGGACCGUUCAAGCGGCACACGGUCAAACCUGUAAACGAGAUCUUAGCCCAGAGCUCUGUAGAGGAAUCGGAAAUUUUGGACACAAAAUCUGAGUCAGAUUACAAGUCAGAGUGUGACAAGCACAGUCAGUUUCUGUCCAUUUACUGUGUACCUUGCAAGGACGUGAUCUGUCCUGGUUGCCUUGGAGAUCAUCUUGAACACAGCUGUCUGGACUUGGAGACAGCGGUAGAAGAAAAUAAGGCGACAUUUGAGGACAAAGCUGGCCAACUGAAAAUAGUCAUGGAGUCAGUAGAAAAGGGUUUGGCGAGAUGUGGAGAACUGUGUCAAAUUAUCAAGGAAAAUCAAGAUGUUCAUUUAAAGUCAAUAGAGACCUCAUACACAACAGCUCUGACGACUUUGAACAACUGGAAGGCAAACUCUGAGGCGGCUGUAAGAAUGAGGCAUUCCAGCUGGAGUGUUGAAUGUGGUGCAUGGACCAAAGCCCUAGACAUGCAAAUCGAUGGCAUAAAAAUGUCACAGGGGUCGUGUAAGAACUUAAUAUCUUCCCAGGACGUAAAGUUUUUACAGGGCUCAAAACAGUUGAAUGAAAGGAUUGAUGCUCAGUUAACAGAAGUAAGAAGUUGUUUGAAGACAUAUGAAGAAAUUGGACACAAAUUACAGAACUUCGUUAGAUGUGACCCCGAUCUCUACGUGGAUCUGAUCGUAAAGCAAGGACCUGCAAAAGAGAGGCUCAUCUUUACAGUGACAGAUAACAAAAUGCUGAAGAUCACUCACAACGGCUCCAUAAUAGAGUGCGCAAAGGAGUCCAGGAACGAUUGGUGUCGAGCUUUGACAGACGGUUGUCUCCAGAAGGGCAGACACUACUGGGAAGUGAAGAUCUCUGAGCUGUUAUCAUAUAACUUUGGUUGUUCCUGUUGUGUUGGUGUUGUAAUGGAGAGUUGUGGUCGGAGUAAGAGUGACCCGGGCAGUGGCCACUGGUGUGUUAAGAUACAGCAGAUAAAUGGCUGGCUCAACUUUUUUAGCACUGCCCAUGGUCAGGUCAGCUCAGCCUAUGAAAAAUACAAACGUCUGACGGGACCUCAACACUUCGGUCUGUUUCUGAACUGUGAUAAUCGGUCACUAUCUGUGCUGGACCGUUCUAACAACCAGGUGAUGUUCACAGUCCAGAGUUUAGAUCUUUCGGAACCACUUAUUCCUUUUGUUCAGUUUAAAGGUGUAAAAUCGACGUCUGCUCGUCUUGUAACCGUUGACUCUGUGACUCAACCUAAAGUACUCAAUGACAUGUUCAUCACGAUCUAG